UACUAAAACGUGCUGGCUGCUGGCUGACUUAAAUUGUGCAUUAUUUGUGUAAUUCAUUCAAUACAUGAAACAGAAUUAAUCAUCUAUUUAUUUUUACAAAAAUCCAAUGUUUUAAACUCGAAAUAUGUUGUUGUUCUGCCCUCAAUGCAGUAACAUAUUAAUGGUAGAACAAGGUACCACUGGUCAACGUUUUUCCUGCAACACUUGUCCCUACAUAUUUAACGUAAACAGAAAAUCAUCAACAAAAACUUUUCCACGUUUGAAGGAAGUAGAUCAUGUUAUGGGCGGAGCUGCUGCCUGGGAGAAUGUAGAUUCAACUGACGCCGAGUGUCCCUCUUGUUCACAUAAGACGGCCUACUUCAUGCAAAUGCAAACACGUUCAGCUGAUGAACCUAUGACAACUUUCUAUAAAUGUGCUAAUCAAUUGUGCGGUCAUAACUGGCGCGAUUAAAUUAU